UGCACCGACUACCAAACAUGCAUUUGAAUUAAAUGGAAGCUACUGGGAAAUUCGAAGGGAUUCUUCUGUGAAAGCUAUUGUGCGAUGGAAGUUAUAUGAAAACGGCUUUUAAACAUUGCAGUAGAUUUUUAGGUGCUCGUUAACAUUUUAUAAGUGAAAUGGAUUGGUUAUAUUUUUGGGAAGGUGAAUAGUUCUUUGUGCCAACUUUGAUUUUUUCCUUUGAAGAAUGGAUCAAAUAAAAUAAAAACUUAAAUGUGGCGUUACGCUGGUUCCUAAGAAUGGCAUUAAUGAAGGCGAACUUCAGCUGUCUGGAUAGUGUCUCCCGUGGAAACAACUGCCUCCCUGCCAGGAGCACGUCUCCCGGGGUAGCGGCCACCCUCGCCGGCGUGCUGAUCUUCACCACCGUGGCUGAUAUCGUUGGAAAUCUACUGGUUAUCCUAUCCGUGUACAGGAACAAGAAACUCAGGAAUGCAGGUAACCUCUUUGUGGUCAGUCUUUCUGUCGCUGACUUGGUGGUGGCACUGUACCCCUACCCAUUGGCUUUGUUCGCUAUCUUCCAUAAUGGCUGGACAAUGGGUUCCCUGCACUGCCAGCUGAGUGGGUUUGUUAUGGGACUGAGUGUGAUCGGCUCGGUUUUCAACAUCACUGCAAUCGCCAUCAACCGUUACUGCUACAUCUGCCACAGUUUCCGCUAUGACCGGCUGUAUUCUCGUCGAAACACCUGUCUGUACCUGCUGCUCACUUGGAUGCUAACCGCUCUGGCCACCGUGCCCAACUUCCUUGUUGGUUCCCUAAAAUACGACCCACGCGUCUUCUCCUGCACAUUCACCCAGACAGCAAGCUCUUCUUACACUGUCUGCGUUGUUCUGAUUCACUUCCUUGUUCCUCUGGGUGUGGUUUCUUUCUGCUACUUGCGCAUAUGGACAUUGGUGAUUAGGGUCAAAAGUCGUGUCCGCCCCAAUCCAAAAGUCAGAGCGGCCGACCUGAGGAAUUUCUUGACGAUGUUUGUGGUGUUUGUGCUGUUCGCCGUGUGCUGGGCACCCCUGAACUUGAUUGGGCUCGCCGUGGCGGUUAACCCAGCAAGAGUGGCACCGAAUGUCCCAGAGUGGCUGUUUGUUACCAGCUACUUCAUGGCAUAUUUCAACAGCUGUCUGAAUGCUGUUGUCUAUGGGUUGCUUAACCAGAACUUCAGGCAAGAGUACAAACAGAUUCUCCGUGCUCUCUGCACCCCAAGAGCACUGUUCACUGAAAGUUCCAGGUACAACACUGAAGCCAUAAAGAGCAAACAUUCACCGGCAGGAACCAAUAACAAUGUGAAAGACACCAAUAUGUACAAGGGUGGAGUAACACACACUCUUUUAUAGUAGAUCACUCACCAUUUACAGUAAACGAACAACCACAAUGUUAGAGUACAAUGGAGUUAAAGGCACACCAGGGUAACAUGCGCAUUUUGUUUUAUUUUUCAAGAUCACCACGGCACUUUUCUAAACAUCCAUGGUUCACUAUGCUCCAGGAAAUUUGACUGAUCCUUGACUCAGCAGAUAAAGUAAAUUUUGCACUACACUGACCUAACAUAUAUAUAUAU